GAAGGGCGGCCGCGGAUCUCUUCCUGCUUCUUCCUAAGGAAAAUCCCAAUUCCUAGGGUUUAACCGUUCAAUUUCUGGUUCUGUUUUCUGAUCUCUAGACCUAAGGACAUGGCCAAAAACAGAAACAAGAAGAAGCGAAACGGCGGCGCCGCUUCCAUGGACGACAGCGAAGGCACGGUUCCUGAUCUUCCUCAAGCAAUGGACUCUUCAGAGACUGGAGCUCAAAAGCCUGAUUCCGGUGCUGCUAAAAUAAAGACGAAGAAGGGAAGACCAAUGAAGAGAUCAAAAAAUGUUCGGAAGAUGAAGGCUGUGGCAAAAGCUAUCGCUACGAACGAGAAGUAUGGUGAGAAAAACUCAAAGAAUGAAAGCAAGAAAUCAAGAACUCAAUCAGCUAAAUUGCUAUAUGACUGAGUAUUUUAAUUGAAUUUUGUCUCGAAAGUAACUUAUUAAUCUGCUGUCCUUUUUAAUCAAAGUCUCUGCUACUCAGAUGUGUUUUUGUUAAUUAGUUCGAUUUUUGCAAAUACCACUGGUUACACUUGCCAUUUGGAUUCAAAAGAGGAAAGUAUUUUGAGGAUUGGGGGUUCCCUAAAUAUACAAUUUGAUACAGAGCUUUGUCAUACUCAA